UUUAACUUACACAUAUACACACACUACCCAUACCGCGUGACACACGCACACGCACAACCCUCCGCCGGCGACAACCGCCCUCCGUCGAACGUGGCAAUCCCUCCUUGUCUCCCUCUUUUUCUCAACACCUCUUUCUCUCUACACAGCCACACAUACUUUUCAUCUCUCUCUUUACAGCGGCUGUCCAGCCGAUUCUGCCGCUCCGUCGACGGACUCCGGCAACUCUUGAAUAGUCUUGUCUAUCCUCUAUAAUUUCAUAUCUAGACUGAUGGCAAAGGAAGAAAGUGAUCCAUCAAAAUUGGAGUGGAAAUAUUUGCAAGAGCCAGUUGCCAGGGAUCUUGCCAGUGAUCCUAAAGGAGUUUCAGCACAGAAAAGGGUCCCAAAAAAGAUGAGGGAGAUUCCCGAGUUUUAUUUCCUUCCCCGCAGAUCUUUUUUAUUUAACCUGACAUUCUAUGGAGUGUGUAUCGCUGGUGGGAUUGGUGCCGGAAUGCUCGUAGAAAAAUGGAUUAAUAAGAAAGUCGCAGAAGAUGGAGGUGUGAUCUACGAAUUUGACAAGUGAAAAGGGCAAUUGUUUGGCAAAAAUAAUACAGAAGCAGACAAUGGGAUUUUUUAUGAGGUAAUAAUACAGAAGCAAAUGGUUGAUUUGCCAAAUAGGGCAUGGAAUAUGCAAAGAAGCCAUCCUAUCAUUGUGCAGUUUUACAGUAAGCCAAGGAAUGCAAGUUUUGAACUCUAUUGUUCUGUGUAUUACUAGAGAGUUUAAAAUAAUUGUCUGUCUCGACUAAUCAACGGCAUAUUUGCUAUAUUUUCUUAAUUUGCAUCCCAAUAUUCUAAGGUUGCUGCAGGUUGACUAGUAUUAUACUCUAGAAUUACUUGCUGCAGAUUUUCCAAAUAACUGUUGUUUGCUAUAUAUCAGAAAUUAUCUUUGUGAACAUGGAGAUGUUCAGGUUAGUGUUGAACUAUACUUUGGGCGGGACCUUUGUUUACUUCGUGCACUUCCGGAUAAAUAUGGGUGUAGCGUGUAAAAUCUAUACUAGUAUUUGGCAAGGGGUAUGUGUAUGGUUUAAUUAAGACUAUAUCAGUGUGAUAAAUGUAAGACAUAGAUUGAGAGAAAAUGUGAUUAGCGUAUUGGUAGUGGGGAAUGAGUUUGAGAAUUUUUUUUCCAUAAACAGAAUGUCAGUUUUUAUAGGAUAUAAUCCAAAAUGACAAAAGUAGUCAAUUCUUUUGAGACGUUUUAUUUUGAGGAAAGGGAAGUUCUUAUAAGUUUCAUGACUUUAAUCACUAUAUAUGUUUUCAUAUGGAUAAUCAGAAUCGUCUUAGCUUUAUGAAGCAAGUCUUACCGUUGAUCAGAAUAGGUUCAUUUUUUUUUCUCUUUAUAAUUUCUUGAAAAAAAGUUUAACAUCUUUGAAUAACUUUACUUAUUUUUAAAAAAAUGAUUUAUCAUUCUCCUCUCACACCAAUCAUACUUGGUUUUUUUGUAUGAGCCUCGUUAAUUGUGUUGCAUUUCUUUCAAUUUUCUAUGUCCACUUAUCUCUUUUAACUGAAAAUGUAGCAAGAAAAUGCUAGUGGUGAAUACGGGAGAAUGAUAAACCUAAUAAGCAGUUCAAACAUGAGGCAACCAUGAAGAAAAGAUUGCAAAUGGAUUGAGUUUGCUUCAGCCUAAUUUGACAUGGAAGACCAAAAGUUUUAGUUGGGGCCAAAUAAUUCAUAGUGUAGUUUGAUUUUAAAUUUAUUUAUGUGAGGAGUUGGGAUUAGAGGAGACUAAACGAGGGUCAUAACUUGGAGAUAGAACUGCUUUCAGUAUGGAUGAUAUACUUGGAGAUUGAUAUUUCAGCCUCACAAUCUAAACUUGCUAGUGGAGUAUUUUAUUUCAUAAACAUUAUUCACUUUUUUUAAAAAAAUCGGAAUCAAUUACCGAUGUUUUCAGUGAGUGUUGGAUACAUUUUUUUUUCUAUACAUAGACAGAAUUAUAAAUAUGUCACACAAUGUUGUUUGCAUUUUUCGGUGUCUCAUAAAAAUAAAUAUUACUCCUAGCUUUUGGGAAAAAAGACUUUCAUAGAAAUGUUUUUGCACUUUUUUCUCUCUCCUAUGAAAAUAUUUAUAAAAAUUUAAUAGAUUGCUGCAAAUUAUUUAUGUGCUUUGAAAACGUAGUAGGAGUAAUAAAUAAUUAUACUUAAUAUAUAUACCUAACAUAAUUAUCAAAUCAUUAAUUAGGCUAUAUAAAACAAAUUAAUACUAGUAUAAGACAUCAUUCAAUUCAUUAUUCAGCCUAAAGAAACCUUGUGAUUGACAAAAAUAAUAUUUUAUUCUCUGUUUACGUGAUGAUAAAAUAAAUUGGAGAAGUGAGAGGAAAAAGAGUAUAAUAAAUGAAGAAGGAUUAAUAAUUUAGAUGGAAAAUGGCAAAAUAGUUUAAAGAAAAACAAAAGGACCUUAAUGUGAUUAUGUUUUUAUAUGAGAUGAAAAAGUUGGAACACCAUUGUCCAAGAACUUUUUGAGCAGUUCACUUUAUAACAUAAAUUACAUUUGGAAAAUUGUAAAAAAGUCAUAUAUAAUUCCGAUUAAAAAAAGUCAAAAUUGUAAAAUCUAAGUUAAUUCAAUUCUACUCCCCACCGGCCGAACCGGACCUGACCUGACCUGACCUCUCGAGCGAUCCAGUCCCAGAAUAUCAACAAAUACUCAUGUUGAAGAAUUGUUUGUUGAAAUGCUUGAGAGAGAAAAGAGAGAGACAUGGCUUAUGCUGCAUUGAUUUCUCUAAAGCAUACGAUUCAGCGCCAUACAAAUCUACCAAUCACAAAACCAGCAUAUGAGGAGCUGAUACUGUUAGAGUCCACCCUCAGAAAACUGGAUGAUAACUGCACAGCAACAGCAACAUUAAUAGGAGUGCGAUUUAUGAAUUGGGUGAUCAGAUAAGAGAUGCAGCUUGUAAACUAGAAGUCGCGCUUGAAUCUUAUCACAGCGACGGCGUCGAGGCUCGCCUUCAAAUACCCCUGGUUGAUUUGAAGGACGUGGAGCAAGAGAUCCAUUUGUUUGUGAAGAACGCUAAGAAUUUGGGAGAUAAUUACAACAGAGUACUAGAUAUCCCGUUGCCUAAAACUCGUUCUCUCUUGUGUACCGGUGAAGAUCAUCAAUAUCAAGUUCCGGUGUGUUUGGAUUUGGUGUUGCUCAAGGUGUUGGAUGCUCCCAACUGAGGUGCUGAAACUGAUCGAGUUACGGUACCUUGCCUUGACUGUGCAUGGGGAACUCCCUCCUUUUUUAUCCAAUCUUCACAACAUUCAGAACUUGAUUGUCCGUCGCUAUCAUAAUAUCAAGGUGCUAACAAAUUCCAGUCGAUUUCCCGAGGAGAAAGACACUGUGCAAGAACAGAAGAGCAUCCAACCCCCGAGAAAUUUCACGGGUUUGCCAAUGGAGAUCUGGGAUAUGCAAGAACUGAGGCAUCUUUGGAUCAUGGGAAGGAACCUACCAGAUCCAAGUGACGGGGCAAAGCUACAAAACCUCUUGACAUUCCAUGCUGAUGCUCAUUGUUGUACCAAGGAUGUUUUCAAAGGCAUCUCUAAACUGAAGAAACUUAGAAUGAAAAUCGAGUUAGAGCCUGAUGCUGAUGAUGUUGCACUUAAAUGUGUUGUUGCGAAUCCUCGACUAAGAUCUCAAGUUGAGCUCUCAUAUUUGCCUCAAUGUCUAAAAAAGUUGUCCUUGAAUGGCUUAGGAUAUUGUUGGGAGUCCAUGAGUGUAAUUGGUUCGUUGCCAAAACUUGAAGUGCUCAAGGUGCAAUGCUCUGCCUUUCCAGGUCCAGAAUGGAAAACAAAGGUUGAAGAAUUCCCAAGACUCGAAUUUCUGCUACUUGAAGAUAUUGAUCCGGUGCACUGGAGGACUGAUGAUGAUGAUGAGUGGCUCCCGUGUCUGCAGCGCUUAAUCAUUCGGAACUGCUACAAAUUACCCUCUCAAGUUGGGUAUAUUGACGUUUUGAAAACGAUAGAGGUAGUUGACUGCAGCCCUUCACUGGUGGCUUCUGCCCUGCAAAUAAAAGAAAAAGAAGAGGAAUAUGGGAAUUUUUAUCUAAGUUAUGAUCAGUUCAUCAUGGAAACUUUGAUGACUGCCGAGACCCUCAAAAUGGCAGCCAAAUCCUUGAAAGGUAUGUUUUCCUUCAGUUUGAUUAACAAUUGCAAAAGCAAGUGAAAUCAGAUAGCCUUCUUUGUUUUAAAUUGCAGCCAGUCUCUGAGUUCUUGAGCAGAGACGGAAUAUAAAUUGUUGUUGCAGAGAUUGUGAAGUGAACAAGACAAAGUAAUGUGAACCAUUCUUCAACAACCGCCAAUGCCCAAGAGUCAAUUUCAGUCUCAUGGUGAUGAUUUUCUGAAAGAAGAGAAGUUUGUAUUAUUUGCACUCUCUAUGGUGGAAUGGCUCCCCCCUUGUAUCAAUUUAUUGUUUCUUAUUUGUAUGUGUUUCCUUGGACUGGAUUUGUUUUCUACUUAAGGGUUUUUUAGUUA